AUGUCGCAGGCAGCGCCUCUAGGCUUUACUAGCCGCCCUGAAACCCCGAAACUGGGAGAAGCACACGGUUACCUAGGUGUUUCAAACAAGGGAACAAAUCCUCUUGCCGCCAAAGUAUCCGUUGUUUUGUCUACGUCGUACUCAGAUGCAGACUUUCGCGGUACAGUUGCGCUGAUAGAUCAACGCGGCAUAAAAAACGACGGGAAAACAAGGCGGAGACUCCGAUUGGAUCUGCAAAAGGAGGUCAUUGAGAAAAAUGGCAAGAUAUUGGAGGGCUUCGGCUCUGUUUCAGAGCAAUUGAGGCGCAUCAAAUCGAUACUUGAUAAACUCAAUACCGAUUAUUCUGGAAUGAAGCGCACCAUAGCUGUGGCACAUGACGAAAUUGAAACGCCUCUUGUCGAAGCGACAUUACUGCUUGAAAAGCGAAGAGGUACUGACAGAAGACGGCAUCUCCUGCAAGCUUUACGUGAGCGCUUUGUUUUAUCGGAAGAUGAAGAAUUGGCACUCACUUCAACGGCCGAGCCUGUCAACGAUGAUUUCUUUGGGGCUCUUGCAAAAGCCAAAAAGAUCAGCCAAGAGUGCGAGGUACUCCUUGGCUUUGAAAGGCAGACUCUGGCCUCCGAAAUUAUGGAGAAAGCAUCAAAGAAUAUCGGAUUUGGCUACCAAAAGCUGUACAAAUGGGUUCAGCGCGAGUUCAAGACUCUUGACCUGGAGAACCCUCAAAUGAACGCUACCAUGAGAAAGGCCCUCACAGUGCUCGCCGCCAGACCGUCGCUGUUUCAAAACUGCCUCGACUUCUUUGCCGACGCAAGACAGCACAUCUUGUCUGACUCGUUCUUCGCAGCCCUGACAGGGAAUGGCACCAGUGAAGGCUUCAUUGCGGUCAAACCGAUAGAUAUGAUUGCGCAUGAUUCUCUUCGAUAUGUCGGUGACAUGCUGGCAUGGGUUCACUCCGCCGCGGUCAGCGAAAGAGAGGUUCUCGAGGUACUUUUUGUUAGCGACGGCGAGGAACUCGUCAGUGGUAUUAACAGUGGCCGCGAUGCUGAGCUAUGGCGCAUCAUCUCCGACGAGGAAUGCGACGAGUUCAAUACCUUGAAGGCGUUGAACAAUCUUGUUGACAGAGAUGUGUCUGGUGCAGCUCGUAUACUCCGGCAGCGGGUAGAGCAAGUCAUACAAUCUAAUGAGGACUCGAUCCUGGCAUACAAGCUAGCGAAUCUUCUCAAAUUCUAUGGCGUAAUGCUUCUGAAAUUACUUGGUCCAGAUUCUAGCCUUCUUGGUUCUGUCCGCAGCCUGGAAAGGGAGGCCAUGAGGCAAUUCAGGGCUUUACUUCGGGAGCACAUUGCUGCCGUUCGAGCCGAGCCCCAAAGUGUGCCCUCUGAUCUGAGCCCACCAGUCUUCUUGCAGGACGCCCUCAAGCAGAUACAAGUCAUACUGAGCACCUAUGAAACAUCAAUGACAUCAGCCGAGAGUAGGGAAGACAGUAUCGACGAAGUACUAGCCGAAGCCGCAGAUCCUUUCAUUCUCGACAGUGAAGCUCUAGCGAAGUCCAUGUCAACCCCAUACAGCUCCAUAUACCUGAUCAAUUGUGGGCUGGCUGUUGCGAACUGCUUCAGGCAAAGCUCCCUAACAAGCAAACGAGAAGAACAGCUAAGGGUAUUAAUCAGUAAAGAGGCAGCAACUCUUACAGACUCUCAGCUGGAGUUCUUCCAUCAAGGCUCUGGCCUGGCUGAUGUGAUCGCGGCAGUGAAGGAAUGCGCACACUCCACUAUCCAUCUAAUCACAGUCAGCCGGCUUUCUGCUUUAAGCAGUGAACUGGAUCAUUUCCUCCCAUCAGCAUAUAUCGAUGCCCUCGAGCGUCUCGGGGCGCUGCAAGACUCAAGCCUUGCACGAAAGAUAACAAAGGAGGCAGCUGACUGCUUUUGCACAGGUUUCGAGUUGUUAGAGAAGCGCAUUGAUGCACUAGAUGCGGCCAAGAACGACAACCGCGAUGAUAAUUUCCGGAGCGUGUUUCCCCGGACAGCGACCAGGCUCUGCCCCAGAGCCAGAUUACUAGCGCACGAGCACGGGACGUGCCUGGGCACAACAGACACGAAUCCGGGUCAGGCAGGUUUAAGUUUUGCCAACACUGUCCGCAACGCCAAAGCGAGGAGGAGGACUGUCCCCAAUUACCACAAUCCGACUUCAUCCUCGGACAAGCAACGAGCACGCCUCUCCAACCUGGAGCAAAGCAAACGCUCAUAUCGACUACUAUGUAAGACGUACGAUGAAAGCUACUUGAGCUGCUCUACUGCUGUAUAUUAUGAGAGCCAGGGAGAUGAGAUCGAGGCUCUUAGGCACUGGCGCAAUGCCCUUGCCCAAAUAUACGAGCACAACGCAACCAAAGCAAUUCCCGGCUAUGGACCACAGACUGAUACAGAAAAGGCGCUUGUGGACGCUUUGAAGGAAUUAGAGCUUCAAUGCAAGGAGAGGCUUGAUCUUUUGGAGGCUCUGAAAGCGUCUAGGGAAGAUGAGACAAGCUCCGAUACGGGCGGGAAAAUAUCGAAGGCGCCGAGCCCAUUUGAUUCGCCUACGAGAUCAAAGAAUUCAAUCGGAGGUGGGACGAUUCCCGCGGUCACGUAUUCCGAACUAUCACGCCCUGCAGUUCCUCCACGGCCACCACUACCGAUCCGCACAGUAUCGGAGAUUCCACAGUCUGGAGAAAGCUCGCAGACUAGCGAUGCUACAUUUCACCCCCGAUCAAACUCCAGACCGCCAGCCCUUAGCGUGCCGCCCAGAGCAGAUCGAACGUAUAGAUCGCCCAGUCCCGAAAAGCACACAAUGCGUACAACUCUUCGCUCUUCCAAGUUCGGCGAAAAAGGGUUAGCGCCUUCACGAAAAUCAGCGCGGCCUGCAGCUGAGGGGCCAAGUAAGGCGGCAACGCUGGCCUGGAGCGCUCUUGGAUCUAGAGAGCGUGCUCAACGAACACCACCUUCUGAGAAUCUUUCUUCUACAUCCACGAGCAGUUCUAAAAAGGCCGCAGAUCAUCUAUCCAAGCAAAGGUCAACGCCGACACAGUGGGAUAGCCACUCAAGAAGACUUGUUCAGCCAAAGGAUAUAGAUGGCCCUACAAAUGGUCAACUUACCGGAGCGCGACACUCUGAUGAAUACCCAUACACAAACCCAUCUUUCCUGUCCGUGAGCGCCGCGUCCAGUGCGCUUAGCUCCACAACCCAGCUCGGAUCGCAAGCAACUGAGAGUGCAUUUACUCGUCCGGAGCGUUACCAGCCUUCACGGCCGUCAGCCAAGCCGCAAAAAGAAGAUCGUUCUAACGGUUCGGGAACGGCAGAUGAGUCUGGAGAGUGGUCGGAAAGACGAAGCGCAUCCGAGGUUCCCACUCAACGGAAGGCGGCGACAAGAUACCCCAACACGACUAAAGCGACUCAGAGCACAAUCAGACCUGAACAAGCAACCCGAAAUCGCCGGCGGGAUCGACCCAAGCCGAGGAAUGGAUCCGCAUCCGGUACUUCUGGAGACGAUAACGGCAGUCAGUAUGCGAAGCCACUCAAGAACAAGACUCCCAUCAACCGUGACGUUGGCGUGCGCCCAAGUGCUCUGCAUAACAGGCCGAAACCGACAAAACGCAAAGGUGAUAAGGAAGAGCCUAUCAAAGUUGAUGGAUCAAGCGAGUCGUCGGAAGAAACCGAAGAAAGCAUCGCCGACAAGGCGUGGAAAACGAAAAAGGCGUCCAUCCUCAAACAUCUGCCUCCUGGUGUCGACGAAGGCGCGGCCAAGCAGAUUUUAAACGAUAUUGUUGUUCAAGGGGAUGAAGUACAUUGGGGUGAUAUCGCUGGGCUCGAAAUCGCAAAGAAUGCCCUGAGAGAAACUGUUGUGUACCCAUUCCUGCGCCCUGACUUGUUCAUGGGUCUGCGAGAGCCAGCUCGGGCGAGCAGCUUAACAAGCAAGUAUUUGGGAGAGUCGGAGAAGCUGGUUCGAGCUCUGUUCGGCCUAGCACGCUCGCUGGCACCAAGUAUCAUAUUCGUGGACGAAAUCGAUUCCCUUCUGUCCCAACGAUCUGGCUCAGGCGAGCACGAGGCGACCCGUCGCAUCAAAACGGAAUUCCUCAUCCAGUGGAGCGACCUUCAAAGAGCGGCAGCGGGACGUGAAACGACAGAACGGGAUAAAGAGCGCGGUGAUGCGAAUCGUGUGCUUGUCUUAGCCGCAACUAACUUACCAUGGGCAAUUGAUGAGGCAGCGAGGCGCCGCUUUGUGAGGAGACAAUACAUUCCUUUACCCGAGCCAACUACGAGAGAGACGCAGAUACGCACACUGCUAGGCCAGCAAAAACACAGUCUAUCGUCUGGUGACGUCCAUACCCUGGUCGACUUGACUGAUGGAUUCUCAGGCUCGGACAUCACAGCACUCGCCAAGGAUGCAGCCAUGGGUCCACUCAGAUCUCUUGGUGAGGCAUUGCUGCAUAUGACCAUGGACGAAAUACGGCCUAUCAGCCUUGUAGACUUCGAGGCAAGUCUGCGUACCAUCAGGCCUAGUGUGAGCAAAUCUGGGUUGAAAGAAUAUGAAGAUUGGGCACAGGAGUUUGGAGAGCGUGGUGGCUAA